GCGGGGCGGGCCGGGCGGGGCGGGGAGCGCGCAUGAGCCGCGGCGGCGGCGGCGGGCGAGCGGGAGCGCGGCAGCGGAGCGCGGCGCCGCCGCGGGUGUGGGCGCGCCGGGGAGCCCCGCACGGCGGCCCGCAGCCGGGGGCGGCGGGCGGCACCGCCUGGCCGGCCGGGGGGCGCCCGGCCCUGCGCGCCCCGCACCGCGGCCCGCCGCCGCCGAGAGAUGGCGGAUCCCUAUACCUGUAAAGGUGGAAGGAAAACUGCCGGCUCCAACAAACCCGCUGCCAGCAAAGAAAGCAGGACGGAGACGAGGAUAAACCCACCCGCAGAGCUGCCCAAGCUAGGAAAUGCAACCAGUGACAAAACUGAAGGCAGGAAGAAAGGAAGACCCAAGGCUGAGAACCAGGCGCUGAAAGACAUCCCUCUGCCCCUGAUGAACCAGUGGAAGGACGAAUUCAAAGCCCACUCCAGGGUGAAAUGUCCCAAUUCAGGUUGCUGGCUGGAGUUCCCCAGCAUUUAUGGCUUGAAGUACCACUAUCAGCGCUGCCAAGGGGGUGCAAUCUCAGAGAAGCUGACCUAUUCGUGUUCGUACUGUGAAGCCGCCUUCACCUCCAAAACCCAGCUAGAAAAGCAUCGGCUCUGGAAUCACUUGGACCGGCCAGUGCCAGCCAGCAAAGCAGAAAACAAAGUGCCGAAGGCCAUUGGGAAGAGCAGCGGCAAGAAAAGAGCUGCUGAGAGUUCAGCUUGCCCCACCAUCCAUCCCAAACAGGCAAAGACGGAAAAAACCGUGGCCCGGGACCAUGCCGAGAAUGGCGAGUGCCUGACGGAGAGCCGGGAGAGCAAAGAGUUCCAGAUCGCAGCGGCUGAGGCGAUGGCAGCCGCCACCCCCACGGCCAAGUCCUCGAGCGGCAAGGACAUGGCGCAGCAGGGGGGCAGCCAGGCCUCGCUGCAGGAGGAAGACCCUGAGAGGAUGAAGCACAAGUCAGGAAGGAAACAGAAAACUCCUAAGAAGUUUACGGGGGAGCAGCCGUCCAUAUCGGGGACAUUUGGACUGAAAGGUCUCGUCAAAGCAGAGGACAAGGCAAAAGCCCAUCGAGCUAAGAAGCUGGAGGCAAACACCAACACGGAGGAGCUGAAAAAGAAACCUCUGGGAGCUGGUGUGAAGAAGGAAACGGUUGUGCAUCUGCCAGCAGCAAACCCUGAGGACCAGUGGCAGCGGGAGAUCAGUGAGAAGGGAGAAGUCUCCUGCCCAACCUGCAGCGUUAUCAGCAGAAAAACUGUUGUGGGGCUCAAAAAGCAUAUGGACGUCUGCCAGAAGCUGCAGGAUGCCUUGAAGUGUCAGCACUGCAAAAAGCAGUUCAAGUCCAAAGCUGGGCUGAAUUACCACACCAUGGCUGAACACGUCAGCAAGCCUGUUCCUGUGGAAACCACUGGACUUGGUGAACAGGAGGAGCGGGAAAGGCUGAGGAAGGUGCUAAAGCAGAUGGGAAAACUGAAAUGCCCCAAUGAGGGCUGCGUGGCCAACUUCUCCAGCCUGAUGGGCUACCAAUACCACCAGAAGCGCUGCGGGAAGCAGCUCCCCGAGGCUGACAAGCCCGUCUUCAGCUGUCCACACUGCGGCAAGAAGUACAAAUCCAAGGCCGGCCACGACUACCACGUGCGGUCAGAACAUGCGGCCCCGGUGAGCCCCCCGGCCACCCCUGCAGCCCCAGGAGCAGGGCCGCCCCCCCCCGGCAGUGACUGCAGAGCUGCGGAGCCGGUGGGCAGGACAGAGCCGAGCAAGCCUCCGGAGGAGCCAGAGGUGAAGCCGGAGCCUGGCCCUGUAGAAGAUUUUGAAAGGACCCCGAGCGGCCGCAUCCGUCGGACGUCGGCCCAAGUGGCCGUUUUCCACCUUCAGGAGAUAGCGGAGGACGAACUGGCCAGGGACUGGACCAAGCGGAGGAUGAAGGACGACCUGGUGCCUGAAACAAAGCGGCUCAAUUACACCCGACCAGGGCUUCCAAAGCUCAAUCCGAGGCUGCUGGAAAACUGGAAGAACGAAGUGAAGGAGAAGGGCCACAUCAACUGUCCCAACAACUGCUGUGAAGCCAUUUACUCCAGCGUCUCGGGGUUGAAAGCUCACCUGGCCAACUGCAACAAGGGGGACCACUCGGUGGGCAAGUACCGCUGCCUCCUGUGCCAGAAGGAGUUCAGCUCCGAAAGCGGCGUCAAGUACCACAUCAUCAAGGCUCACUCAGAGAACUGGUUCCGAACCUCUGCAGAGGCCAGCCGGAAAAAGAAAAGCAGGGAACAGCUUUCUUCCAGCAAAGAGGAGAAAAACAAAAGCACAAGCGGGAAGAAAAGAGGGAGGAAACCCAAGGAGAGGCCUCCAGAAGUGUCCCUGAAGGGCAGAGAGAGCGUGGCCGCAAAGACUAAUCACAAGAAAACGCUCGAGCACUGGGAAAGCUCCCGAGGCAGCCCCGACGAGGACGAGCGUGUCCCCAAACCCCCGAGCCAGCGGAAGGGGGGAGCCAGCAAGAUGCCCGAGAAAUGAGCAGCUCAGAGACUUGUCUCCGAGGAUUCGUUUACAGCCCAGGGUAACAGGGUGGGGGUCUCUCCCAGUUUUCUGUCCCCACCCCGUCCCAUCUCUCCCCCUCCACCCUCCACUCACCCCCUUUUUACAAAAAAAAAAAAAAAAGGAAAAAAAAGAGACAGAAAAUACCAAUUAAUUAACCACUUUAAACAAGUCAUGGACCUUGUUUCACACUGGAAAACAAACAGGAUCGAGCAAGCUGGGCCGUUCUCCACCCCCUGCCCAUGUACAUACCCCCUGCCCACCCCCCCCAACCCGUGACUCCCCUUGUCCCUCCCUGCGCCAAACUGGGGACGCUUGAGCAAAAGAAAAGUGCAAUAGCAGUGGGACCCCCUCGGAUGGGGCCUCCCUGCCCCCCGGCAGCACCCGGCGGGUCCAGCACCCACGUCCCUGCGCCCAGGGAGACGGUUCCAAAGAUGUUGGAGGGGGACGGCAGAGGGGGUCUGGUUGUGUUUUCCCCGCAGUCUUGGGCGGAGAGGGGCAAUAUUUUGGCUCUGUGGUGGUUGUGGCCGUGAUUUGUCUGGCAGCGCGAGGGACGAGCGAGGAACGGGGCUGGGGGCGGCUGCGAGAGGGGGGGCGGGAGCUGGGAGCACCCCUGGAAGUCAAUGGGAGAGGUGGGGGGGUCAUGUUGGAGGUUUAACAGAAAGUUGUGGGAAUGCCGGGAGGGCCAGGAGCAUCGCGGUGAGACCGCGGGGAGAUGGGGGAGCUGUGCCCUGCUGUUCAGGUUGGCUCUGCAAACAUAGCUGGAUGCUAUGGCAGCACCGCGGCGGCAGCGCCGUGGUGGCAUCAUCAUGGUGGUGUUGCUGCAGUGGCAGUGCCGGGGUCAGGCUGAGCAGGCAGCCGUGGCGCUGGCAGGAAGGGUGAUUCAGGGUCCCUGUCACUCUCCAUCCCAAAGGUGCCAGUUGUCCAGGAAGGACAAAUGAGGUUUCGGUCCCCCGGCUGCGGGAGAGGACAGCAGAGCAGCAUCAAGUGACAAUCACAGUCCAGCUUUUGGGCACGUUGCACCUGCUUUGUCCCUCCAGGCUGGGAGCCCGCCAUGUGCACCCAAGGCCCCGGCCAUCGUCCUGGGGAUGGGACCCCCCGCUGUGCCAGCCCUUCCUUGUUCCCCUUCCCUGGUUUCUCUGCAUGUCUGUACUAAAUCCAUCCUCACACCUCGCUCCGGCCGGAGGGAACCAUCCCCGGACCGGGAUGCGUCCCCAGACAAAAACCAGGCUACCUCGGUCCUUGGGAAACAGGCACAUUUUCUCUCAGUAACAGAAAAACGUAAUUUGAUUUAUUUUUCCCCUGUGCAGAGCUGGGAAGGUGGCGUCGAGGGGGCGAGGAGAAGCUUCUGCUUUUACUUUAAUCGAUUAAAACCUCAGCCCUCGGUUUCCUUCACUGCUCUUCACGCACCAGAGGCUCAGUAUUGUUUCCCUGCUCCAAGGAGCCGCUCACUGAUAAUUAACAUCGUUGCCCACGGGCAGGUCGUUACGAUGCAGGGGGGUAUGGCCAUGGCUGAAGCUGGGGCAGCUUCUCGGUGGGAGCCAAUGCUGUGGCCACCACCUGCAUCACCCGCGAGCAGGACACGUGUCUGUGGGCAAGGGAACCUGCCCGAGUGCUGCAAUUAAUGAGAAAGCUUAAUUAGCCACUGCAGCUCAGCCGGUUUGCCGCUUGCGCUUCAUCCGAUCUUUGUUUUGAUGGUGUUGGGGGUACCGGUGCUGCCUCCCCAUCAGGAACCGUGGGACCCGCGCUCCCCGAGCCGUUUCGGUCUUUGUCACGAUGGGGACACCCUCGGGGGUCGGGAAAGGGGAGGCAGGCAGAGCUGGGGACCUGGCGCAGGGUUUGGCACUGACAUCUCUGCGGAGGGGCAGAGGGAGCCGCUGGAUCCCAAAAUCUCACCCCACCGUGGGGGAAAGGCCUCGGCAAAGCUCCCAGCCCAGGGAGGGGGGACCCAGGUGGCCCUGGCUGCUGUUUUGGAUGUUAAUUGGCUUCUCAUUGAUUAAAUUAACAGGCAGCUCUGUGUGGGGGUGAGCACCGGUGCAGGACCUUGGCCAGGAGCUGCUCGGGGAGGGGAGACCUGGGGAAGGGCAGUUUUGGGGGGGUCUGGGUUGAACCCCAUCCUGCUGCCUCAGUAACAAAUGUUCCCAAAUGAGCGAGGGGCUGGAGCGGGGACAGCCGUGGUGGCCUCGCGAGGGUGACACCGUCCCAGAGGGGACUCUGAGGACAGUCUGGGGUCUCGGGGCGGGCGAUGGGCUCAGGGUGGUGGGGAUGGCGGUCCCAGUGCUGGGACUGUCCCUGUCACCCCCACCGCUGGAAGAGCUCGUGACAGCAGCGCCUCAGCAUCCUGUCCCCUUCUGUCCCCUCACCCCCGGGGUUUGGAGACACUCGGGUCCGGCAGCGCGGGCAGGAACUCCCCACGGUGACCGCGGUGUGCUGGUGAGGCUGGCUGUGCUGCGCUGGCUGUCACCAUCACUGUCACCGUCACUGUCGCCGAUGGAGCUGCCCCAUCCCAGAGCGUCACCCGCGAACGUUGGGAGCGUUUUGUUCUUUUCUUUCUCUCCUGGUGCCACCCAUCCCACGGCAUAUCUGAAUGUUUCUCGUCAAUGCCAGUUAUUAGUGCAUAAGUGUAUUUUGGGGAAAAAAAGAAAACGGAAAAAAAAAUUUAAAAAAAAGAAUUUUCAAUUUAUCACUUGUAACCAUAUAUAUAAAUAUAUAAAUAUAUAUAUUAAAAAGUGUUUAUUUGCAAAAAAUAAAAUUGUUUUAACAGUAAACUAUCUUAUAAUAAACUCCCGAUUUGUGACGAUCUGUUCUUUUUGUUAAUCAUUGACAAAUCCUCAGUUGGAGAGUACUGUAACAGCAGCUCUGAACAGCCGAGCGCCGCGGAGGGGUAACUCGAUGUACUGUAUGUAUGGAAAACAGCUGUAUCGAAUAAAUGUUUAUUGAUUUUUUAUUAUUA